UAAAAAUUAAGAAACCAAAAAGGUUGUUGCAAAAAGGUCUAAGCAACAAACAAUCAGAGCGCACUUGCCGAAUCCACUGAUUCAAUCUUCCGUUACUGAACCACUCAGCAAAAGUUGUAGAUCUUGGCUUCAAUUCCACAAAUUCACAUCGAGAAACAGAGAAAACAGAGGAUCCCUCUGGUUAGGUCAAUUCGAGGUUGGCUAGUCAAGAUGGUUGAGUGCAGUGUAUGUCGUUCAAAGCUGGUUUCUAGGGCUUAUGAUGAUCAUAAGAUUAGGGUUACUUCGAAACAGAGAGUUCUCAAUGUGCUUUUGGUUGUUGGUGAUUGCAUGCUUGUUGGUCUACAGCCUAUCUUGGUGUACAUGUCUAAGGUGGAUGGGAAGUUUAACUUCAGUCCUAUUAGUGUUAACUUCUUGACAGAGAUUGCAAAAGUUUUUUUUGCGAUUGUUAUGGUUUUGAUCCAGGCAAGGCACCAAAAAGUUGGAGAGAAGCCUCUUUUGUCUGUUUCAACAUUUGUCCAGGCAGCUCGAAAUAAUGUGCUUCUUGCGGUUCCAGCCCUGUUGUAUGCAAUUAAUAACUACCUCAAGUUCACAAUGCAGCUAUAUUUCAAUCCUGCCACUGUGAAGAUGCUUAGCAAUCUAAAGGUUCUGGUCAUUGCUCUUCUGUUGAAGAUUGUGAUGAAGCGGCGGUUUUCCAUCAUUCAGUGGGAAGCACUUGCUCUGUUGCUGAUAGGGAUUAGUGUAAAUCAGCUGCGUUCUCUUCCUGAAGGUGCUACUGCCAUUGGAAUUCCUCUUGCUACGGGUGCAUACAUCUGUACUGUUAUCUUUGUUACUGUCCCAUCGAUGGCAUCUGUCUUCAACGAGUAUGCUCUGAAGAGUCAGUAUGAAACAAGCAUUUAUCUUCAGAACUUAUUUCUUUAUGGCUAUGGUGCGAUAUUCAACUUUCUUGGAAUACUAGCAACUGUUAUAUACAAAGGUCCUGACAGCUUUGACAUCCUACAAGGACAUUCUAGGGCAACCGUGUUUCUAAUAAUGAACAACGCAGCACAAGGGAUUCUAUCCUCCUUUUUCUUCAAGUAUGCAGAUACAAUCUUGAAGAAAUAUUCAUCCACAGUUGCCACAAUCUUUACCGGGAUAGCAUCUGCAGCACUCUUUGGACAUGUUAUAACCAUGAACUUCCUUCUUGGAAUUUCUAUUGUUUUCAUUUCAAUGCACCAGUUCUUUUCACCACUUGCCAAAGUGAAAGAUGAGCAACAACAGAACGGGAGCAUAGAAUUAGGCAAUGCAAAGGAUGCUCACAGGGCUAAUGACUCAUUCAUCAACAUGGCCGCAGGAGCAAAUGAAGAGGCUACUCACCGCAGUGUCACAGACGACAGAACCCCACUUCUUCCCAGAUGAAAAAGUUCAUUAAAAGAUUUUGGUUCCGAAGAAUUCUUUUUGGCCGAGAAUAUUCUAGAAAUGGGUGGGAUACUAGCAGGAUAGAUGGAACCAAACUCUUAAUACUCUCAAGAGUCUGUUUUAACUUCGUUCUAAGAACCUCUCAUGUCUAUAGCUGUGUUGUCUUCAGAUAGAGUGAACAAACUUGGUUAAGUGAUAUAUGUAUUUUUGAUAUAAUAAUAUUUGUAUUCUUUGGUUAUACAUAUUAUAGCAUAUAUUUUUUUUC